GCAGUUUUAAGUCCAAAAAACGAGCCGAACAUCCGGGAAACGCAACCUGAUCUGCAAAAGACGUGGAAUGUCUUAUUUCUUCUUUUUCUCCCCUUCCGCCCUUCAAACCCGGUAAUGAUGGAGGAGUAAAAAGCGACAUGAUUGGUGGAUGCAGGCGGCGGAGAAGAAAUGUAAACCCCUUGGUUUUGUAGCAUCGGAGGGGGUGAAAAGCUGCUCGCCCCUCUCUUCUUCUUUUUCCUUUGGUUUGCUUUUUUUCCUCGCCUCCCUUCAAUGACAGCCGCCGGGAGCCGGUCGGUGCGGUGGGAAGAGAAGUAGAGGAUCUCCCUGCAAGUCUGCGGUAAGAAAAACAACACAGCAGGCGGCGUGCGUAAUGUGCGCAUCCAUGCGCACACGCAAGAAGAAAAAAAAACCAAAAAACAAAACAAAACAAAAAACAACAGGAAAGGGGAGGAAAAAAACGCACAAUACACAAUGGUGUUGCCUGGGGCUGCCGCGAUGGCUCUCAGACAAACGCGGGUGUUUUAGAGUUUGCGUGACAGCUGCGGGGCCAAUGGAAACGUGCACGGAGCCAGCUGCGCCAAGGCUGCAGCCAAUGGGAGGGAAACGUGCGCACGGUGAGGUUAGGCUGGCUGCAGCAGCGGGAGCGAGCACACCGCUAAACUUCCACCAAAUAAAAAAAAAAAAAAAAAAAAAAAAAGAAGCUGUUUGUGUUUUGGCUGCUGCAGUCAGUGGCCAUUUUAGGAAACUUUUUUUUUUAUGGAGGGGGACAUGCGGCUCUUUGUGCGGGUGUCUAGACCGGACCGUGCAGCAAGACUCCGGCAUCCAGACUGAAUGAACUCCGCCGUGGAUUAGACAUUGCGCGGACUUCCACUCCUCCUCCUCCGCCUCUUUUCUCCUCCCCAUCCCUCUCUUCUCCUCCCUCCCUCCCCUGCCUGCUAAUUUUUUAUGCAUUUUUCUAAACUGUCAUGGCGAUUUGGUGUCCUUGGAAAUAAAAAAAAGCGCCAGUGUGUGUUUUUCUUUUUUUUUUUCCUUCUUCUUCUUCUCUCCUCUCGCUCGGACUACAACCGGCGGAGAAGAAGAAGGAUGUUGUCUCGCCGGUGAGGGGGAGCCGUGUGUGUUGUCCGGCGUCCUGGAGCAGAUGCAGUGAAGGGAUAGAAGAUGAAAAUACUCAAGAAGGACAAGCAGCAGAUGUUCACUGGCCUCCUGAAGCACACGCCACCUCCGGCCUCCGCUGCAGCAGCCUCCUCCUCAGCCUCGGACCAAAACAGCAACGCACAAACCACAGUUCCCACAAUCCCGCGGGGCCACCUGGUUGUGGGCCCCAAGGACCAGCUCCGCCUCCUCACGCCGGUGGGCAGCACGGCGACGUCCAAUCACUGCGUGGCGGCCGGGGUCCACGCCACCAAGCACGGAGUCCCGAGGCCGCCGUCGUCCCUGAGCGAGGAGGACGACGGCGGAGGCGGCGGCCGGGUGAAGAAGAAACGAAAGAAAAAGGACAAGAAGGAAUGGGAGAAAGCGGGAGAGGGAGAGGAGAAGGAGAGCAGCAAACCAAAGAAACGAAAGGAGGAGAAGGUGCCGACGGUCACGCUGAGGAAGAGCAAGGAGCCGAAGGAGGGGAAGGAGCGGCGGGGUAAGGGCAAGGAGGGCAGGAAGGACAGCAGGGCCGAGCUGAAGGCCAAGACGGCAGGCGUCACCUCCGGAGCAGCUCAGGUGCCCAUUAAGGUUCCCGGCAAAAGAGGGAGGAAACCGAAGAUCAAAGUCCUACCUCCUCUGCCCACAAAUCAAGCGGCGCCUCCCACCCAAGGAGUCCAUGGUAAGGUCCAGCUGCAGGGCGGCCACGGCAAGAACCACAACCAGGCCAACAGCAAGGCUCCAGCCCCCUCAGCGCCCAAACAGAGGGGCCGCAAACCCAGAGAUCCUGGUGCGGUGCCGGUGGAGAAGAAGAAGAAGGGGAAGAGGAGAAACCAGGAGCUGGCUGUCCAGGAGGGGGCCGAGAGCGACGACACUACCUCAAUGUCGGCCCUCCACAUGGGCGGAGAGGACAGCCAGGACCCCCUGGAUAACGCAAAGCGACGUUCGGGACGGCAGGUCAAGAGGAGGAAGUACAACGAGGAUCUGGACUUCAAGGUGGUGGACGACGACGGGGAGACGAUCGCGGUGCUUGGAGCCGGUCGCAUCUCGGCACUGAACGCCACCGCUCUGGCAUGGCAGGCCGAGGAGCCACCUGAGGAUGAAGCAAACAUCAUUGAGAAGAUUCUGUCGGUCAGAACAGUGAAGAAAGAGACGUCAUCAUCUGAGGACCAAGCGGAGGACACCGAGGAGUUUUACGUCAAGUACAGAAAUUUUUCCUACCUACACUGCAAAUGGGCCACUCUGGAGGAACUAGAGAAAGAUCCCAGAAUCCACCAGAAGAUCAAACGCUUCAGGACCAAACAGGCGCAAAUGAAACACCUGUUCACUGAGCCGGAUGAGGACUUAUUUAACCCCGACUAUGUUGAGGUGGACCGGGUGCUAGAGGUGGCUGUUACCACGGAUACUGAGACCGGGGAGGAGGUGACCCAUUACCUGGUAAAAUGGUGCAGCCUCUCGUAUGAAGAGGCGACGUGGGAGCUGCAGGAGGACCUGGACCCCGAGAAGAUCAAAGAGUUUGAGGAGAUCCAGAAGCUGCCGGCAGACCUCAGACACAUGGAACGUCCUCCUCCGGACAAAUGGCAGAAGUUGGAGCACUCCAGAGAUUACCGGAAUGGAAACCAGCUCCGAGAAUACCAGUUAGAGGGCAUGAACUGGUUACUGUUCAACUGGUACAACAGGAAAAACUGUAUACUGGCAGACGAGAUGGGUUUGGGAAAGACGAUCCAGUCCAUCACUUUCCUGUACGAGAUCUUCAGCAUGGGGAUCCGUGGACCCUUCCUCAUCAUCGCCCCGCUGUCCACCAUCACCAACUGGGAGAGGGAGUUUCGGACGUGGACGCACAUGAACGUCAUCGUGUAUCACGGCUCGCAGAUCAGCCGGCAGAUGAUCCUGCAGUACGAGAUGUUUCACAGAGACCCACAGGGUAACACCAUCCCAGGUGUGCUCAAGUUUCACGGGGUGAUCACUACGUUCGAGAUGAUCAUGGCCGACUGUCCGGAGCUGAAGAAGCUUCACUGGCGCUGUGUUGUGAUCGACGAAGCCCACCGACUGAAGAACAGAAACUGCAAACUGCUGGAGGGACUCAAGCUCAUGAACCUGGAACACAAGGUUCUGCUGACGGGAACACCGCUACAGAACUCGGUGGAGGAGUUGUUCAGUUUGUUGAACUUUCUGGAGCCACUGCAGUUUCCUUCAGAAAGCGCCUUUCUGGAGGAGUUUGGAGACCUUAAGACUGACGAACAGGUGAAGAAGCUUCAGGCCAUUCUGAAGCCGAUGAUGCUCAGAAGACUGAAAGACGACGUAGAAAAGAAUCUCGCCCCCAAAGAAGAGACCAUCAUAGAGGUGGAGCUCACCAACAUUCAGAAGAAAUACUACCGAGCCAUCUUAGAGAAGAACUUCUCCUUCCUGUCCAAAGGAGCGAACCAGCACAACAUGCCCAACCUCAUCAACACCAUGAUGGAGCUCCGCAAGUGCUGCAACCACCCCUACCUGAUCACAGGAGCCGAAGAGAAGAUCCUGGAAAGCUUCAAGAAAUGCCACAGCCCGGACGCGCCAGACUUCCAGCUGCAGGCGAUGAUCCAGGCGGCCGGUAAACUGGUGCUGAUCGACAAGCUGCUGCCCAAACUGCUGGCCGGAGGACACAAAGUGCUGGUCUUUUCCCAGAUGGUUCGCUGUCUGGAUAUCCUGGAGGACUACCUCAUACAGAGACGCUACACGUAUGAACGCAUCGAUGGUCGCGUUCGGGGAAACCUGCGGCAGGCGGCCAUCGACCGGUUCUGCAAGCCGGAUUCAGAUCGCUUCGUGUUCCUGCUGUGCACCAGAGCUGGAGGUCUGGGAAUCAACCUGACGGCCGCCGACACCUGCAUCAUCUUCGACUCAGACUGGAACCCCCAGAACGACCUGCAGGCCCAGGCUCGCUGCCACCGGAUCGGUCAGAGCAAAGCAGUGAAAGUCUACAGACUGAUCACCAGAAACUCGUAUGAGAGGGAAAUGUUCGACAAGGCCAGUCUGAAGCUUGGACUGGAUAAAGCCGUUCUCCAAGACAUCAACCGCAAAGGAAGCCUCAACGGGGUGCAGCAGCUUUCUAAGCUGGAAGUUGAGGAUCUGUUGAAAAAAGGAGCGUACGGAGCGCUGAUGGACGAAGAGGACGAAGGCUCCAAGUUCUGUGAAGAAGACAUUGAUCAGAUACUUCAGAGACGCACUCAGACCAUCACCAUCCAGUCUGAAGGGAAAGGAUCGACGUUUGCCAAGGCCAGCUUCAUCUCUUCCGGUAACAGAACUGACAUUUCUCUGGAUGACCCCAACUUCUGGCAGAAAUGGGCCAAAAUCGCUGAGGUGGAGAUCGACUCCAAGUCAGAGAAGGAGUCCCUGGUGAUCGACACUCCCCGGGUGAGGAAACAAACCCGCCACUACAACUCCUUCGAGGACGACGAGCUGAUGGAGUUUUCAGAGCUGGACAGCGACUCCGAAGAGCGGCCGUGUCGGACCCGUCGGCUGGGCGAACGAAGCCGGCGGUACCUUCGGGCCGAAUGUUUCAGAGUUGAGAAGAACCUGCUCAUCUUCGGUUGGGGUCGAUGGAAGGACAUCCUGAACCAUGGCCGGUUUAAAUGGCACCUGGCAGAGAGAGACAUGGAGGUGAUCUGUAGAGCUCUGCUGGUUUACUGCCUUAGACACUACAAAGGAGACGACAAGAUCAAGAGCUUCAUCUGGGACCUGAUCGCUCCGACCAAGGAAGGCCAGGACCAGGCGCUGCUCAACCACUCUGGCCUAUCGGCUCCGGUUCCUCGUGGCCGGAAAGGGAAGAAGCUGAAGAACCAGCUGAACGUUCCGGAGGUGAAGAACGCCGACUGGCUGGUCCACUGUAACCCUGAGGUGGUUCUGCAGGACGAGAGCUACAAGAAACACCUCAAACAGCACUGCAACAAGGUGCUGCUGAGGGUGCGGAUGCUGUACUACCUAAAGGUGGAGGUUUUGGGUGAAGCUGCGAAUCAAGCUGCAGAGGGGAUACCUGCCAGUAAACUGGAGGUGUCGCUGCCCGACAUCGACUACAUCGAGAUUCCAGUGACGUGGUGGGACGCAGACGCUGACAAGUCUCUGCUUAUAGGAGUCCACAAACAUGGAUACGAGCGCUACAACGCCAUGCGAGCUGACCCGGACUUGUGUUUCCUGGAAAGAGUUGGGAUGCCGGAUGUCACAGCGCUGACGGCCGAACAGGGAGGAGGAGAAGUAGCAUCGGACAUGGCCGACAGCGUUUGCAAAACCGAGGAAGCAAAGGAGGACGCUGAAAGCAAAGCCGACGGAGGGGAGGAUAGAGAUGAGAGCAGCAAGGGAGAAGAGACCUGCUCCAGCACUGAUACCUCAGACAAGCCAGACAGCACAGGUCCAGACCCUCAGUUGUCAGGUGAAUUGUGCGCCCAGGAUGGAACUCUGGUUACCACGACGACCACGGGAACAGGAACUGGGGUGGCGGCCCUCCAUGUGGUCCAGGCCCGGCCCCUGUGGCCCACGGGCCCCGCCCUGACGGCCCGUCUGCGGCGCCUGAUCACCGCCUACCAGCGCUUCACGCUACGCCGGGAGCCGCUGCUCAGGCACGAGUUCCUGCUCCACGACGGCCUCGUGGGGAUGGGCAUCGGAGGAGCCGGAGCCGCUCACGGUCAUCACGCCGGCGGACCACUGGCCUGGCAGCUGGGUGAAGAGCUGAGGAGGUGUUCUGUGGUCGCCACCGAACCGGACCCCCUGUUUCUGGAGUGGCAGAGGAGGUGGACUCGUCGAGAGCAGGCAGAUUUUUACCGAACAGUGUCGUCGUUCGGGGUUAUCUACGACCCGGAGAGGAAGACGUUCGACUGGUCCCAGUUCAGAGCUCUGGCCCGACUGGAGAGGAAGACGGACGAGAGUUUGGAAAGAUACUUCAACUCCUUUGUCAACAUGUGCAGGACAGCCUGCAAGCUUCCUCCGAGGAAGGAAGAAGGCUUGGUGGAUCCCGCUGUGCUCGUGGAGCCUCUGACAGAAGAGAGAGCUGCCAGGACGUUAUAUCGCAUCGAGCUGCUUCGCAAGAUCAGAGAGCAGGUUCUCCGUCACCCAUUGCUGUCGGCUCGCCUCCAGCUGUGCCGUCCAUCCCUCUACCUCCCCGUCUGGUGGGAGUCUGGCAAACACGACCGUGACCUCCUCAUCGGGGCUGCACGCCACGGAUUGAGCCGCACCGACUUCUAUAUCCUCAACGACCCCCAGCUGAGCUUCCUGGAGGCCCACAGGAACUACGUCAGAGGACACCCCGCCCACCUUCACCCUCAGAGCCAUCACCACCCUCACCAUCCGGGCCUGGCGACUCACUCCGGCAUGUCAUCCUCAUCUUCUUCGUCAUCACAUCCUCAGCUUCCUCAUCCUCACUGCUGCCUGUACGAUUCUGGACUCAGCCACCACUCCCCUCAGCCUCCUGAAUACCCCCACCAGUCCUCCCACCACCAUCACCAGCACUCGGUGCCUCCAUCUGCUCCUUCUCCUUCCUCCUCAUCCUCCUCCACUCACCCUCACCUUCAUCCUCCACCGCUGGAUGCUCACGAUUCGUCCUCGCCGAGUCUGGGAAUAGUUCCUGGAUCGCGUGGAGACUUCCUGGACUGUCCUCCUCUGGAUGAAUCUCUGGAGUUGGGAGCACUGCAGCACGACGCCAUGUCUGCAGAUGCUUUACACGGAGGAAAGGUGUCCAAGGAUGCCCUCAACGGUUUCCCCUUCAACUCAGCAGCAGGAGGUCAAAGCAUGCUCAACUCGUACGGAGUCGGAGGAGCCGACCUGGAUUCAAAACUUAGGAGCGACGUUCUUGUAGGAGAGCAGGGCUCAUCGGAGGAAACCGGGUUGAUGGCGCCAUCGGUGGAACUGGAUCAGUUACAGGCUCCCUGGGACAGCACCGACCACACCAGUCCUGCUCACCACAUGUUCAACGAGUCCGAUCCCAUCCUGGGUCCCUCCGCCCUGGAGACCGGCUUCCUGGAGGAGGAGGACGAGGAGGCGCAAGGGGGAGACCGAGGAGGAGAGGAAGGCGGGACUCUGGAGGAGUGUUUAGGCCUCCCGCCCUCGUCCUCUCCCUCCCACCCCUCGGCUGGAGAACCCGUCGAGCCGCUGUCCUCCAGUUAUAUUCUGUUUAAGGACAUCGGUGUGAACGAGGAGCCCAGUGCAGAUCAAACCGACCUGUCAGCCAGCCCUCCUCUGCCCUACGUCCCUCCACCACCCCUCUCCCUGUCCGACAUCACUGCCCAGGAACCGCAGGAUGGACUCGGUCACUCCAACGUCUCCGAGAGCCUCACCAACCCCGUGGAGGAAGGAGACGACCGGGAGGGAAGUGCCGGCUUUGAGUUUGACGACAAGGAGGAAGAGGAAGUGGAGGACCUGUCAACAGAGAGCAUGGAGCAGCAGAACGUGGACAAAGAACGAGAGCAAAGUCUGGAAGGAGAGGAAUGCAACUCAAACCAGGAUGCAGAUCAAGGUUUGGGGGUCUUGGAUCCACCCAUGGAAGUUCCAGAGAUGGACGGGAUAGAACCAGAACCAGGAUUGGGAGAAGAGGACUCGAGGAAAGAGGAGAGCUUUGACCAAACACAGCACAAAGAGGAUCUAUCCCAAGACCCUUUUCUGGGAAAGCUGGUAGAGGAGGGAAGUCUGGUGUGUCCCGAGUCUAUCGAAGAGUCCGUGGAGGAAGUGGACAGCUUGAUUUUAUACCAGACAGAGAAGGAGGCGACUGUGGAGAACUCUCUUGACGCUGAAAACUUGAUGGGAGACUCAACUGGGCCGUUUGUUCAAAUGAAAGGAUUGCCGAAAGCCUCCGGAGACGGCGUUCCGAUGGAUCUCGCAGAUCAGGUGGACGAGAUCUCGGAGGGACAGGUCGACCAGGUCGCUCUGAUCGAUGCUCCGGCGGUACAACCGUGUGAUGAAAUAUCAGAGAACGCCAUGAAACAACCAGAUGCCAAAACCAACGAGAUGGAGCUGGAGAACAUUUACUCAGAAUACGCACAGCCGUCCUGCCCUUCUGUUUGCGUCUCGUCCCCAACGGCAUCAUCAAAGCCUGCUGAGGCCGCCAGAGAGAGUGAUGGCAAAGAUGAAGCCAAAACCGAAGUCUCUGCGGAUCAGUUUGACAGUUCAGUCGAAGAGCUGAACUCGGCAGAUGGCAGCAGGGAGAGUAAGAAUAGAGGCCUGACGUUCUCCCUUGAUCCGGACAGCAAAGACAAUCUGCUUGAUCAAAAUGAAAUCAAAAUGGCCUCAACUUUGCCUGUAAACAGCGUCGACUCAAAGCCGUGUGAUGUCAAAUUUUCUCUUGUAGCAGACAGCGACGGUGAGAAAAAGCCAGAGCAGCUGAUCCUGGCGACCAAAGUCGAGGAGACCAAGAUGAAAACCCCCGAGGACGUCUGCCCGGACAGCUCUGAAGUCAAACAUGCUAACUUUCUUUCCUACACAGUGAAGUCGGAAGAUUUGGUGACCAAAGCCGAGCAGUUAGACUAUCCUGUUAAAGCCGAAACCCUGGAGACCAAACCUGAAGAUCUAAGCCUUCCCAUGAAGCCCGACAACUUGGACACCAAAUCUGAAGUUCUCCAGUUUAUAGCCUACUCAGAAGUCAAGCCUGAGGUCAAACCCUUAGCUCUGGGCUUCGCUGCUUAUCCAGACAAGCUGAAGACGGAGACAAAGCCGGAAGGUUUGAAUUUGACAGUGUUUCCGGACACUUCUGCCGUCAAGCCCGAAGCUAAGAUGGAAGGUAUCGGGUUCCCGACCUACCCAGACAGCUCGGAGAUUAAACCCGAGGCCAAACCAGAGGGCCUGGAGUUCACGGCUUUGUCCGAGGUCAAAGCUGAGACGAAGCAGGAGAUGUUGGAGGCCGACAGCACGGUCCUGACGCCCAAACUGGAGCAGGCCGACGGGCUCGUCGAAACCUCAGAGAACCCAGCGGUGAAAAGCCAAGUGAAGGAGGAGAGGCCAAGUACGCCAGUGCCUGUGGUGGAAGGUUAUCCGGGCAGCCCCAGGUUUGCAGCUCCUAUCUCCAUGUGCGAGAUACCCGACAGCCUCCAUGAGCCCCGGGAGCCGACUAUCGCCCAGCUGCUGCAGGAAAAAGCACUUUACUCGUUCUCCGAGUGGCCAAAGGACAGAGUGAUCAUCAGCCGCCUCGACAGCAUCUGCCACGCCAUCCUGAAGGGGAAGUGGCCUUCGUCUAGUGAGCAGUACGACUCUCCCGCCUCGCUGGCCGCCAACUCGUGCCUGGCCAACAGCUUAGCCCAGCACCACCAGCAGCGAGCCGGUUUCCUCCCCACCACGGCCUCCAGCUCCGUCUCCGGCCAGGCCAGGGUCCAGCAGACAGGUCCAGGACUGGGCUUCUCCAUCCCGCCGCCUCUCACCAGACUACCUAAGUACAUACCGCGGGGCGGCGCUUGCGGGCGCGGAGCUUGGCGCCUCACCUCCUUGCCUCUCUUACAGGAGAGGCUGGUGGCUCCUCCCUUCCUCCCUGAGCUCAAACGAGCAGGAGGUCGGAGGUCUUUCGACUACGAAGCUGCCGCUGCGGCAGCCGCCAAGGUUUUAGCUGGGAAAUCUGCGUCGUCGUGCCACACUGCCGCCGCCGCCGCCAGCAGCUCCGGCGGUGACAAGGUGCCGGUGGUGGCUCCGCCCUCUCACCGCCCUGGAGCCUUGUUGAUAAACGGUUGGCAAGAAGCCGCCAUCGAUCUGACUAAGCCUUCUGGAGAAAUAAGCACCACGAGCAGCGUGGGGACAAGUGAAGCUGGGAUCGGCCACCACGGCGCCGGUGCUGGUGGCGGUCACAAGCUGCCGCCGCCCCCCAUCACGGCGCCGCUGUCCAGCCCCGUGGGCAUCGACAUGGCCGGGAUCCUACAGGCCGGCCUCAUUCACCCGGUCACAGGACAGAUAGUUAACGGCAGCCUGAGGGGAGAUGAUUCAUUGAGGAGGAGGAGAGGCAGGAGGAGAAAUGUGGAAGCUCUGUAUUCUGAGUUCACCAAGAGCCGAGGACUGCACCUCCCUGAGACACAGGGCCGGGUGGAGGUCAUCAGCCACUCCUCUGUCUCCUCGUCCACCUCCUCACCUUCUCCCUCCCCCUCGGAGCGACCUGCAGGCCCUCCCACUCCCUCCUCAUCUUCUACUCCGACACCCACCCAGACGCCUCCUCAGCCGGAGAUCGUGGCCAUCGACAGGGAGGCGGCCAGCAAAGGUCUGAUCGAGUGGCUCCGUCAGAAUCCAGGCUACAGCAUGGACCUGCCUGCCUUCGCUCACUCCGGAGCAGGUCUGCUGCACGGUUUUGUGGAUCGUCCCAAACAGAGGAGGCAUCGCUGCAAAGACCCCACCAAGCUGGACAUCAACUCUCUGACGGGGGAGGAGAGGGUCCCUGUUGUGCACCGAGGCACCGGACGCAGGCUCGGUGGCGCUAUGGCUCCUGCCAUAAAGGAACUUUCCAGAUGGUUGGAUGCGAACUCGGAGUACUACGUGGCUCCAGACUGGGCUGAUGUGGUCAAACACUCGGGUUUCCUCCCUGAGGGGAAGUUCUCUCGGAUCCUGACUGAACCCGUCAACAGAGAUCCAGGUUCUCGUCGUCGUGGUCGUCGUCCUCGCAGCGAGAUGCCGAAGCCCCUCCUGUCCGUCUCCGAUUCAUCGUCGUCCGGCCUCGGCCCACCGCUCUUCAUGAACGGCGGUCUGAUCGGCAGCAUGGACUCCAUGGUGGCCAUGCAGAACCUCCGCGGCGGCAUCCCCGGGAUCCCCAUCUCCGGGAUCAUGGCGGCCGGAUUCCCUCACGGUUUCUCUGCCGCUGUCACGGCCGGAGCGGCCGGAGCAUCGGCGGAAGACGCCAAGAACGGGUUGAGUAUGUUACCCAUGAUGCUCCACGGCAUCCCGCACCCACACGGCGCCGCAAUCCCUCAACACGCCUUGUUCAGCGUUGGCACAAUGAUGGCACACACGGCACCGCCACCUCCUCCUCAGCCCGCUUCCUCCUCCUCCACGACUGCCUCUCCAUCUUCUUCUGCCGCCAAGGUCACCACGACGACGGCGCCGUCUACGUCCGAGGCGGCCAGCCCGUCUUCAACGACACCCGCUGAGAGAGACAACGCCGCCUCCUCAGCUGCCGAUAAGGAGAAGGGGACGGCGGACGGCAACAAGCGAGUGGAGGCAGCGGCGGCGGCCAUCAUCACCUCCACCAGCAGGGCCCACAUCAGCUCCGCUCACCUGGGGGGCACUGGCAGCCAUCUGACCUUCAACCCCUUCCUGAUCCCCGGCAUGUCCCACGGCCUGCUCUACCCACACAUGUUCCUGCCCCACGGAGGCAUCAUGGCGCUCCCCGCCAUGCCGCCCGGCGCCGUGGACGGCUCCCCGGGAAGCCCUAGGAGGAGGCGGAAGAGAGGGCGGGAGGAGGGGGAGAGGGAGGAGGAGAAGGCGGCGGUGGCAGCGGGGGAGGAAAGUACAGUUAAGGAAUCCUCGCCUCCCUCCGUCGCCUCUACCUCAGACCCGCCUCCCACCGAGGAGCUCCAGGGAGGCGAAGGACCCUCGGAGCAGCAGGAACCGGACUCCAAUGACCACAGCGAGGGGGUGGCAGCAGCGGCGAUGGUGGAGAAUGAGGAGACAUCGGAGGAGGUGAGAGAGGAGAACACUGAGGAGCAGAGACAGGCGGAGGAGGAGGCAUAGAGGAAUGAACCACUCGCUGCCUCCAGUGCUGCUCUCUUUUCGAGCAGCAGUGUAAAGUUUGUGCCGUGUCUGUCAGUCAAUGUCCAUGUAAAGACUUUUAUUAUGAUGAUGACUAAUAAUAACGAUGAUUAUAUUCAACUUGGUCAUGUUUAUAUACCGGGACCCCCCACCAACCCACCUUCUCCUCUCCUCUCCUCAUUGUAUACAACAACAACAGCAACAACAAAAGAAAAAAGAAAACUAGUGUAAGAAAUGCUCUCUGUAUUCUUUCCCCUUCAUCCUGCAUCAGACUGAGUCGGGACAUUUCUCAACACGCUCUGCAGAAAACAAACCGAGGAGCGGCUUUGGCGGUUUAAAUGGUCGUUUUUGUUUGUUUGUUUUAUUUUUCCUGACGUGCGGCUUUGGUUUCCCAGGAAGUUGGGGUCUAAAUUUGUCCGAGGAGCAGCACUUGUUCGGGCACACUCCGCUUAAACUGAGUGGUUUUUAUUUCGGAUUAUAUUUGUGCAAUGGUUAAAAACCUGCUAGCUACAUGAAUCUGGAGGCGGAAGUGGCGUUUCCUCGUAUACGUGACACUAAAACAGCCUUUUUUAAUGACAGAAAACACUGGUGAGCAUGAACUAAAUAUGCAAGAGCCACUGUGUGACAGCAGGCUGGAUCUGGAACCUCCGAAAUGCUACCAAAGCAGUAAAAAACUGAAUUAGUCUCUAUUAGUUUUACACCAACUAAGAUAAACUAAAUUGUGACUGUAAUAUAUUAACUAAAAGGUCAAAAAAGUCACAAUAAUGAAGAGGUUUAGUAAAUCCCAGGCAUGAAUGUUGGUUUUAAAUUAUAAGAUGUCAUCGUCUGCCAGUCCUAAACGCUUCGUGUUGUUUUAUUUUAUUCAUUUCACUGCUGCAAUAACAUUUGUUCUGCACAAUAGAAGAUGAAUCCAGCAGAUUUUUCAUGUUUUUCAUUUGCUUUCGGAGACAAAAGCAAAGAAACAAUCACGAGAUUCAUUCGUCGUCACUUUCUAGAUCAAGUCUUUUUAGUUAAACUCAGCCACAAAGUCACUUUUUAAAGACUCACCCCCCUCAAGUUUUAGACACCAAGGACAGGAGUGUGAGAGCUCAGUUGGGCCACCAGGGGGCGCUAGGAGGCAGAUUUGAUUGUAUUCUGUCCUGCAGACACUGAUGUGGGAGAAAACAGGAGAAGAAGGUGCUUUUUUAUUGUUGCUUUUAGUGCCCUUGGAGGUUGUUUGAAGCCUAAAUUGAUGAAUCAGAGAAGCAACACGGCCGCUGCGUGUUGGAAUCAUGACCUGUAGCAUCAUAAUGUCGUCGUUUCUUGUUUUUUGAGAAAUCGUGUGUGCAUCGUCGACCAUCUGUCCAGGGAAAGGGAAUCUUCUGUUUUGUAUUUUUAAAAAGGAAGGAAGACGAAACGGGAAGAAGAAAAAGAGGAGUGUCUCAUUGUUCUUGUGUCUUUUUUUCCGUCAGAUUAGUUUUAAUAGCAGUUCAUACUAAGAGUUUCUAAAUAUGUAAAUCUAUCGCUGUAUAUUGCUGUCGUUUUUUUAAAAAGUGCACCAUUUAUUUCAUUUUUUUUCUCCUUUCGGGGAAAAAAUACUUGACAUAUGCGAGGGUUAUUUUUUUUGUUGUUUAUUUUUCCGGUUGGUCCCAGUGUUUUCUGUAUCAAACAGACUGUACUGUACAUUAAAUGGAUGCAAGUUGCUGGUUUUAUUCAGUCUUUUCACAGUCGGGGGAGUGUUUUGGGCUCAAAUGUUUCCGUUUGUGUUUUCAUAUGUUACCGUUCGAAAGUUUGGGGUCACUUAGAAGUGUUGAAAAAUAGUUGUGUUUUUCAAUGAAGAUAACAUUAAAUGAAUCAUAAAUACAGUCUAGACAUUGUUAAUGUGGUAAAUGACUAUUCUAGCUGGAAACGGCUGAUUUUUAAUGGAGUAUCUACAUAGGGGUACAGAGGAACAUUUCCAGCAACCAUCACUCCUGUGUUCUAAUGCUACAUUGUGUUAGCUAAUGGUGUUGAAAGGCUAAUUGAUGAUUAGAAAACCUUGUGCAGUUAUGUUAGCGAAUGAAUAACAAGCAACGUUCAACAUUCUGUGAAAACUAAAAAUUCUGCCCUGUUUUGUGCAACUGUGAAGCCAGUAGUGACUCAGCUGUGACCAACGGUGAUGCGGCAAAAAUUCGUGGAGUUUUCAGCUGAACUGCAGGCAGAGAGGAGACGAGGAUGGAAACAAAUUAAAAAUGUAAAUAGUUAAAUACCUAUAGUUUUAGUCACUGAAAAAUUCCAAUAUUGGUAACACAUUUGGGCACAUUAAAAAAAAUGGUGUAAAUGUCAAUUCUAGAUUUUUUAUUUUUUUGCUUAAUUUUUGUAAAAUAAUAAAAUAAAUUAAGAUUUUUAUUUUUUAGGAUUUAUGACAACUGUGUCAUUCUGCACAGAAGACAUUUCUAAGUUCUCUCUCCUUCUUCAUGGUUGUUCUGUUUCUUCCAUAGACGUUCAGGACUUUAGAUUGCAGUGAAAAAUGAGCCCACAGUGAGAAACAAGAAAAGUACUCAGAGAUCUCAGUACUCCACCAAGGCUGCUCAGUCGUUGCAUCAUUUCUGACGACCGAAAUCUUGAAAAAAAUUGUGGCAGAAAUCCCGGCACUAUAGAAUGUGUCCUUUUAAUUUAGAUGUAACCACAAAUAAAAUGACCUUGUGCUGAGCACAGGUGUGUGUUAUGCAUGUGUAUGUUAUGUACAGAUACUGAAUCAUGUGACCUAAAUAUGUAGUGGGCGGCGGGAAUUGCUGGCACUCAGAAACACCCCCACAAUUUAAUCAGCUUCUUGUAUCAUUUCCGAUGGAUAGGUUUGAAUAAAUCCACAGCGGUGGAUUUGUAGCAGGAUCACAAUCAUGUGAUCGUCAGCAGGCAGCUGAUCUAGUGUUCACUUGUUGUCAUGGUUACAGUGAUGCUGUGCCGCUAUCUCACAAUGAUACAGAAAUCUUUAACAAAUCCAUGGAUCCAGACUAUAAGCCGCAUCACUGCAAAAAUCUAAUCGCUUGGUCCUUGUGUCAUUUCUGACCUUCGAAAAUUUCAUGCAAAUCCGUUAAUCUGUUUUUGAGUAAUGUUGCUAACAGACAGACAGACGGACAAACCAAUGGCAAUCGUCACAUAACUCCACUGUUCCUUGUUGGAGUAAUAAGUGUGAGUUUUCACAGAAGCACCAAAUUGUCUGUGUGAUCCCAAACUUUUAACGGUCGUGUACUUCUGAAAACAUUAUUUUUGCACAAUGUUUUUUUUUUUUUUGUGAAUGUUAACUUCCUGUAUGUUGGAGUUUUUUUGUUUUUCUUUCCAUUAAAUGUGUGUCAGAGUGUAUGAGAGAACGUUUGUGCAUGCAUGAGCACACGUGUGGAGAUGUUUCUACUUCUGUCUCGUCCUUACAGGUCACAUUUCUUGUCGGGGAAAAAAAAAUUGACAUAGUUGUUGCCUUGUCACAGGUUCGUGGCUACGUAUAAUUUAUUCUACUUUUGCUUUGCCAAAACUUUUACCAAAUAUGACAUUCUUUCCUUCUGUCUUUAGUUUUUUUUUAUGUAUUAUUCAAAAAAACAAUGCCUUAUUUAGCGAGUAUUUUUGUUGUGUAGAUGUUCUGUUACAUCUCCGUAGAGGGACAUGUUAUCAUGGUGUUUGUUGUUUUUAUGUGCAUUAUCUUCACAGACAGCAGUAACAGAAGGUACCACUGUUCAAAUCACUACAUUUACUCCUAAAAACACACAAAAAAACACAAAAAGUCAAUCAAUUUCCCUCAAAGCACAAAUGGAGAGUUAACAAAACGUGACUGUUUGCUUACCAGUGCCUCUAAAAUGACUUCUUUUUGUUGUGUUUCUUUUCUUUUUGUUGUUUUUUUUGGUUUGUUUUUAUGGAAUUCACUUGCACACUUGUUGACAUCGCCUCUGGAAAGUGAAAAUAAGUGGUGAUGCUAUGAUGUUCACUAGAGGGAGGUCCUGGUGUUUUCCUUCAGUCUGGAUCUUAAAAUGUUGCUAAUUGUGACGUUCACAUGUGGGUUUUUCCAUAGAAAAUCAACCAAAUUUGGGGAAAAAAUCCCAUUAACUCCUGAAUUCAACUUUCAACUUUAGUGUAUUUAAUGAAGCCAAGCAGAGUUUUACGUUCAUAUUAUGAAUAUUUUCACAGUGACAGACCUUAAAAUACAUCAGAUUUCAAGCUUUUUCUAUCAUUUCUGAGCGUCAUACCUUCAGGAGAUAGACGUGGAACUUUCAGGCCUUUUUUUUAAGGAAACAUGUACGAAUGUUUAGCAUUUCUGGGUUCCUUCCAUUGGAACACAUUUAAUAUUUUGGGUUCUAGCUGUUUGUCAGACAAAAAAAAAACAUGUUCCAAGACUGAGAUGGAGAUUUGUCUUUGUUUUCUGAUGUUUUAUUGACCAAAUAGUUCACCCACAGUGAAAGUAAUCAUUAUCUGCAGCUUUGAUUUCAUGCUACCGGCCACCAAACCGAGGAACUCCAAUAUAAAUGAGGAACCUUUAAAGAACCACAGAAAAUGUUUGGACGUUGGGGUGCAGCCAGGUUGAUUUUACAUCCACUCCAGGUGAACACACCCAUCUAAUGCCUGGCAUUACCCACAGUCUAACUUUAUAACCAACUUUGAGGAUCGAUAUUAUGGGAUGUAUCCUAGUGCAAACAGUAAAACUGCAGCAGUUUAAUGUCUAUGAGUCCUAGAAACAAUCAUUGGUAUCCUGGAUGUGUUUUUGUUUUCUGAUAAUUUACCAGAGAAAACCUUAAAAAGUGCAUUCUGGGUAAACCUUCAAGGCUCAUAUCAGCAUGUUGAUAGGUGGUUGGUCAGACCAAGUUGUAGACAGUGAAAUGAGCAUUUUUACCUACAUUUCGAUCACUUGAAAAUUUUGGAGAAUUUUUUUUUAGUAUCUUGGUCAAAAAUGUCAUUUAAGAGAUAUUUGUGAUCAUUUUGGGGUCAUUUUGGAUGUCUUUUGAUCCAUUUUGCGCAAUUUUUCAGUCAUCCAGGACAAGUUUAGGGGGGAAAAGGUGCAUUCUGGGUAAACUUUCAAGGCUCAUAUCAGCAUGUGCGAUAGGUGGUUGGUCAGAACAAGUUAGAGACAAUGAAAUGAUCAUUUUUAUACCUACAUUAAAUACCAGGAUCAUCUAAUAGACAUGAUUCACUAUUAAAACUCUCAAAAUCAUUUUCUAAUGAAGUCAUGUUUUAACACUCGUGAGCAGAUUUAGUCUUAGAUUGUUACAUCUGGAUGGCUGUGAAACUGAUCUGGUUGCAGUUUUUAACAGAACUCAAAUGUCGUGCCUAUCUGCUGGACUGAUGAAGUUCUGAGGCUCAGAAAUGAUGGAAAAAGUGUAAAGUUUGGAUCCACCUCUGUAUGCUUCAAGGGUCUGUAACUCUGAAAAUAUUCACAGUAUGAAGAUAGAACUCUGCUUGUUUUCAUUAAAUACAUUAAAGUUACUGUAGAUAAUUACUGUGAAUCUCACUGAACUGAUUGAUUUUGUGCAGAUUUUAUUAAGUAAAUGAAAUAAGCGCUGCCCACUAGUGGCACUUCAGGUUACUGCAGGAGCUCCUUUAUUAGAUUAUUUCCUGCAGAAACAUCUGAAUUUCAUGCUCUAAACCCCAAUAGAUGACAUUUCUACCAGUGUUUAUUGUCAUCAGAUCGCAAGGAAUAAGAUCCAGGUUGAUAAAUGUCAGAAUUCCCCUUGUCAGGAUUUAAUCUGCUUCCAUUCCCUCACUGCAGAGGCCUUGGUUCGCUAUCUUAGCACAUCUGGGACGAUGCGCACACAGUAUGUAUACAACCCAAGUAUCUGGUUGUUCUUGUGUGUUCUUAGAGAUUCCUAAAGCGAGAAAAGGGGGAUUAAACGAUCUGAAACAGGAAAGAGCAGACUUGUAGUUGCAGAGGAUGCACAUCGGUUUUUGUUUUUUUUGUUUUACUGGCUUGUUUGUUGUGUAAAAACUUGAAACAAACUGCAGUAUGUGACCACAGCUGGAGGUCAACCACGGCUCUGUGUUGUCUCUUCGCGUCGCGCCAAGCCUUCUUUAACAGUGUUUGAUUUCUCUUCUCAUUGAAGUCCUUUUUUUUGGUUAACUUAAAACGGUCACCUCAAAAUGUUUAUCUCUGAUCAUAAAUAAUGUAUUUAUUGUACAGUUCUCGUCUCUGUUGUCGUCUCAUAACCGUUCCACAGCUGCUUUUGUUUCUCAAAGGCGUUUUUUUUUUUUUUUUUUUACGGGGGGGGGGAUUCACAUGGAAGUUCAGCUUUUCUUUGUCACCUGUUGGAUCCGGUUUUUAUAUCGGAGUUACAUGUUUUUUACAUGAAGCAGUCUUUGGGAUUAUUUUGUCCUGAUUCUGCGAUUUUUCUCCAAAUUUUAACAGUAUUUUUCAGCUCUAGAAAGAGAAAAUGACUGAAAUGAGGGUUUCUGGAAGAGACAUUCGCAAGAUUUACACAGCUCCAGCUCCUUUGAUGGAAAAAGUCUCAGAUUUUUAGUCAUUUCCGGUAUAAAAUAUCCACAACAUCUGUAAACGUAGAUGGAAAAGUCACUAAAUCAGUGGACACUUGCUGGAUUUUGUUGCUUAUUUUCUUUUUUUUUCCAUUUUGUCACUUGUUGCCAGCUGGAUUUUUUUGGAGUUGCAACCAAAGCACGACUCGUUAGUUUAAUUAUCUCGGUUUUCAGCUGCAGACUUUUAUUUAUUUCCAGUGUGACCUGCAAGAUCCCGUCAGUUCAUUUUUUGUUAAUUCUGACCUUUAUGUUUCACAAAUUGGUUUUGUUUCAGGAAAUCUAAAAAAACAAGAAAGAAAUCUUGAUCAUGUGACAGUUCCAGAUCCUAAACGAGCUCCAAAUGCCCCCAAAAAAUGGAUUAGUCAAAUUCAAACCUCUAUUUUUGCCUUGUAAACCACCGCAGCUGAGAAAUCCAUGUGCCAAGAUGAGGUUUUCACUCUCCAUUAAUCACCGGCUGGUUUCACAGACACUGAAGCGUUUUCUCGGCAGAAGAUGCAAACAUAUAACAUGAAUUACAGCCGCUGCGUUCACUUCUUUCUUUGAUAAUCAGACGGAAAUAUGGACUAAAACCUGUCGUUCCCACGUACAGCGCAGAGCUAAACUCACAGCAGUUAAAUUAGCUUUAAUUAAGGCUCCUGCUGCUUUCCUUUUAGUCACAUUUUAUCUGUUUUUUGAGAGGCAUGCUGAAGGAAAUCUGGCAUUUAAAGUUGCAAGAAAAAGCAGCUGGAACGUGUGAUUUAUUGACAAAAGUCCGACAAACUGAAUGAUCGCAGGUUUAAUCAUUAAAACUUCACCACCUUCAUGUCUGUGAAACCACCCAGAGAUUGAACCUUAUUUGACCCUUCACAGCUCCUGUAGUCGCAUCACAAGUGCAAUGAAACUCACAAGGAUGUUCUUGGUUGAGAAAGUGACUGAUGGUGAAGUCAGAGACCCGGUCAUUAAUAAUUAAGUUAUGUGGUGGGGUUUUUAUCUUUAUUUUCUGUUGGGUUUUUUUUUCUUAUUUGUAACUAUAGCUCUCUGUAUUCCCAUGUGGACCAAUCUCAUGAGUCAAAACAUGGUAUGUGUGAUCUUUUAUUGUGCAAUAAAAGAUGACUUUCAACUUUA